AUGAAACCGGAUCCCGUUUCGAAUUGGAGUAUAAAAGGCAGAGACGUUGCGCAUCACGCCACGAGAAUGGGAAACCUAAUGGCUGGAUUCUCAGGGACCGAAUCACCCCACCUUCAAGAUUUAUCCGUCGAAGUGAAAGCUACGCAAAACGGUCGUUGUGAGGAUAAAAAACGCGAAUUGCAUUCGCUACUAGCUCCUAGCGAAUUCCGCGAACAGGGAUGCCGAAUGGUGAACUACAUCGCAGACUAUUUAGAGAGCGCUCAUAAACUGAGAGUGUUUCCCACUGUUAAUCCGGGAUACUUGGCCCGCUUGAUACCAAAAGAGGCUCCAGAGGAACCUGAACCAUGGUCAAAGAUUAUGGAGGAUGUCGACCGUGUGAUAAUGCCUGGAAUAACGCACUGGCAACACCCUCGGUUUCAUGCCUAUUUUCCUUCCGGUACUUCCUGCCCUUCAAUGUGUGCUGACAUAUUGACCAAUGGGUUCGGAUGCAUUGGUUUCACAUGGGCUUCCAGUCCCGUGUACACCGAAUUGGAGAUUGUGAUGAUGGACUGGCUGGCCAGACUGCUUCAUCUGCCAGAAUAUUUCCUCUCAGGAGGUGAUGGAGGAGGAGUGAUCCAGGUAAGGAUUGUAUCACAUUUUAAGCAUACUUUUUCCAAGUGCACAUUUGUUGCACGCGAACAGCAUGAUCCGUCUUACAAUCUAAUUCGAUGA